AUGGCCGACUCCAAAGCCUCCAACCCUAUGCGGGAGCUCCGCAUCCAGAAGCUCGUCCUCAACAUCUCCGUCGGCGAGUCUGGCGAUCGAUUGACUAGAGCAGCCAAGGUGCUUGAGCAGCUGAGCGGUCAGACUCCCGUCUACAGCAAGGCCCGAUACACCGUCCGUACCUUCGGUAUCAGGAGGAACGAAAAGAUUGCCGUCCAUGUCACCAUUCGCGGUCCCAAGGCGGAGGAGAUUCUCGAGCGCGGCCUGAAGGUCAAGGAGUACGAACUCCGCAAGCGCAACUUCAGCGAGUCUGGCAACUUCGGCUUCGGUAUCAGCGAGCACAUCGACUUGGGCAUCAAGUACGACCCCAGCAUUGGUAUCUACGGCAUGGACUUCUACGUCUGCAUGACCCGACCCGGCGAGCGCGUUGCCAAGCGUAGGCGAUGCAAGAGCAAGAUCGGCGCCUCCCACCGCGUCAACCAGGCCGAGACCAUCAAGUGGUACAAGAACCGAUUCGAGGGUAUCGUGCGAUAA